AUUGAUAACAAAACGACUCACGCACUGAAUCAUCUAUCCACACGGUCGCCGUUGUCCCAGUCUGUUUUAAAUACUCGGUUCAGAAUCGUAUCCAAUAAAUUCCGGUCAACCGUUGGAAGAAAAAAAUUAAUAAUAUAAAAGUGAAUAUACAGGAACAGUACAUACAAAAACCACGUUAAAGAUGAAUUCAUCAUUCAAACUAAGCUUCCUUCCAAUCGCAUUAUUAAUUCUACUAUGCGCAUUGAAUUAUUCAAAUUCCGAAUGGAUUCAACCAAUGAAUAGGCAACAACCAGCUUGCGUGUGCACUAUGGAUUACACGCCAGUUUGCGCUUCGAACGGUCUCACAUACCCGAAUUUGUGCGCUUUUAAGUGCGCUCAGAGAGAAGCAGUCGCCAAAGGACAUGCCGCAGAUCUAAGAGUGGUGCGCGAUGACCAGUGUUAAUUUGGAGCAACGUAAAAAGGAAUAAGAUAUACCUGCGUAAUCGAUUUGAGUUGACGAAAGAAUUUCAAAUCUCAUUAAUUGAUCAAUGAAAUGGGAAAUAAAAACUAGAAACUAACAAAGAAAAAAAGAAUGUUACACGAAAAGAAUUAUAUUAUUGUGUAAUAA